AUGGAAGUUAGCAUAAAAAGUUCCUCCAUGGUAAAACCAAUUGAGCCAACAUGUAAGGUUGUUUUUCGAUUAUCCGAAUGGGAUCAAACCGGUAUAAUCACCCAUGUACCCACAGUCUACUUCUACAAGCCUUCCCAAGAGUGGUUUAUAUCUUCUAAGUCUAUCAUAGACACCCUCAAGGACUCAUUAAGUCGGGUUUUGGUCCAUUUCUAUCCCCUAGCUGGUCGUGUUCAAUGGAUAGGGCAAGGGCGUCUUGAACUCAUAUGCAAUUCAAUGGGUGUUGAGCUUAUUGAAGCCGAAUCUAGUAUUAAUCUAAGUGAUUUUGCCUCUAAAACUAAUCUAUUUGAGAACCUCGUUCCUUUUGUUGAUUAUAACAAACCUAUUCAUGAGUUGCCUUUGGUGUCAGGGCAAAUUACAAAGUUUAGAUGUGGCGGUAUUUGUUUAGGGGUUAACAUAUCACAUAUAUUAGCCGAUGGGCAAAGUGCACUCCAUUUCAUGUCCGAGUGGGCUAGGCUAGCUCGUGAUGAACCACUCGAGAUGGCUCCCUACUUCAAUCCGAACAUCUUAAGAGCCCAAGAACUACCUAUGACUCUAGCUCCUUCUAAUAUGCACACAGAGUUCAUUACACCACCGUUACUUAUAGGGCAACAAAACAAUUUGGACGAGCGUAGAAAAAUCACUACCGUAGCAAUAUUGUCUUUAUCAAAGUACCAUGUGGAGAGCCUAAAGAAGGUUGCUAACGAGGGACCCAAUGGUCCAAACACGUACAACUACACCCGCUAUGAAGUGGUAACAUCCCACAUAUGGAGAAGUGCAUGCAAGGCGCGUGAACAUCACCGUGAGCAACCAACGUGUUUAGGCUUCUCUGUCGAUGUACGUAACCGUUUGCAUCCACCACUACCGCCCAAUUACUUUGGGAAUGCUAUCUUAGACGUGGUUGCCUCCUCUAGGUCAGGGGAUAUCAUAACACUUCCCUUAGGUUUUACUUGUGCUAGAAUAAGGGAAGCAAUUGAUAAAUUUGACGAUCAAUAUAUUUGGUCAAACAUUAACUUUUGGAAAAGUUUGAUUGAUUUCUCCCCUUUUCAAGACUUUCAUUCACGUAAGAGUAAGGAUGCCCCGUUUUAUGGUAAACCAAAUCUUGGGGUCAUUAGUUGGUUGACUCUUCCCAUUUAUGGGCUCGACUUUGGUUGGGGAACAGAGAUUUAUAUGGGCCCAGGAGCUCAUGAUUCUGAUGGGGAUUGCAUAAUGCUUCCUGGGCCUAUGGAUGACGGGUCAGUCAAAGUUGCAAUAUGCUUGCAACUAGCCCAUAUGGAUGCGUUUAAGAAAUACUUUUUUGAGGAUAUAAUAUAA